GCAUGCCGGCUUGGGCAUUGGUAUUCUUAGUAACUUAUAACAAACCAUAAUUUGUCGUAAUCAUAUCUAGAGUUCAAAGAUAUGCAUAAAUAACAACUUGGUAGCCAUAACAGGUUUGUAAUAAGGUGCACAUCAGAGUUCAGAGUUGAAACUGAAGAUGGGGGAAGCUACACAGAGGUAUGCAGUGGUGACAGGAGCAAACAAAGGGAUUGGAUUAGAGAUAGUGAGGCAGUUAGCUUCAGAAGGAAUAAAGGUGGUGCUCACUGCAAGGAAUGAAGAGAGGGGUCUUCAAGCAUUGCAAAAACUUAAAGCCUCAGGUCUUUCUCAUCUUGUGCUGUUUCAUCAGCUAGAUGUGGCUGAUGCUGCAAGUGUAACUUCUCUUGCUGAUUUUAUCAAAUCCAAAUUUGGUAAACUUGAUAUUCUGGUUAACAAUGCAGGAAUUAGCGGAGUUGUAAUCGAAGACAGUGCUUUAAUCACUACAAUACUCGUGAAUCGUGGGGUGAGAUCAGAUGAAGAAGGAACAAAGGCAAUGACUCAAACAUAUGAGUUAGCAGAAGAAUGCUUGCAAAUAAAUUACUAUGGCACUAAAAUAACUGUUGAAUCACUCAUGCCCCUCCUCCAAUUAUCUGAUUCACCAACAAUUGUGAAUGUAUCAUCAAGUCUGGGCCAGCUAGAGAGCUUCCCUAAGGAAUCAUGGGCCAGAGGAGUGUUCAGUGAUGCUGAUAACUUGACGGAAGAGAAAAUGGAUGAAAUAGUGAAGAAGUUUCUGAGUGAUUUCAAAGAAGGUUCAUUAGAGAGUAAAGGGUGGCCAAGGUAUCUAGGAGCCUAUAUUGUGUCAAAAGCUGCAAUGAAUGGGUACACAAGAAUCCUUGCAAAGAAAAACCCAUCAUUGUGCAUAAACAGUGUUUGUCCUGGUUAUGUGAAGACAGAUAUAACAUCAAACACCGGGCUUCUAACAGUGGAAGAAGGUGCUGCUAGUCCUGUCAGGCUUGCAUUGCUUCCCAAUGGCUCUCCAUCUGGUUUCUUCUAUUACAGAGCUGAUUUGGCUUCCUUUUGAUUUCCAGUGAUGCCGUUUUCUGGUUUGAGAAAAAAACCAGUGCUUUUGCUUCUCAAUUGUCGAACCUGUUUUAAGCACAUUAUAUGAUGUUGUAUUAAACUUGUGUUGCUUGUAUCUUAACAAAGUCUAAACUGUGUUACUGUAUAUGUAAUAAAAAGGCUAUGAUCAUUUUUAGUCCUUCAA